AUGUACAUGCCUCUGGGUAGGCAUGACCCACGUCGACACCCGCCUGGUUUCGACAGCCCAGAAGUCAUCCGCGCCAUGGCAGAGGCCGAUCGUCGAGCGAUAGAGGGAGCCGCAAAAGCACAGCAAAAAGCACAGAGAGCAGCACAAGAGGCUGCGAGGAUUGAACAAGAGAAGGCUGCCCUCCGCCCAGCAGUAACGCUGGACGCAGGCCGCGAGAGAAAGAAGCUGGCGAAGAAACCUCAUGAAAGCAGCCUUCGAGACCUGUCUGAAGCUUUGCAAAAGCAAAGCCGAAAAGCACUCUUCACUUGUGGCGGACAGGUAUCUAAUCCUCAGGACGCGCACAACACUCACAACGACCGACUAGUUCCAAGCUCUGGCUCAAAGGCAGUCGCAACAAAACCUGUCAGCAUACGAUGGGGCGCCGAUGAACGAGGAAGAACAAUCUCCCUCCCGAUCACUUGGCCAUCGGACCAAGCUGCUUACCAGCAGCUCAUUGAAGACUGCGUGCCGGCUACCUUUGGUCGCAAUGGACAAGACGUGUACGACGAGAGCUACAGACGUGCCGGAGCCCUUGGUACAGAACACUUCAUGACCGACUUCUGCCCAUACAAGGCAGGCAUUAUUGACAGUGUAGCACAGCUGCUUUUGCCGCCUUUCACGGGUGACUUACGCUCAGACAAGGAUAUGAGCGAGAAACGCUUGGCUCGGGGCAUCCGAGCGGAGCUGUACAAGCUGAAUGUCUACAGUGGACCUAGCGGCAUGUUCAAACCGCAUGUCGAUACCCCUCGAAGCAGCUCCCAAAUCGGCAGUCUCGUCGUUUGUCUCCCAACCGCCUUCUCCGGCGGAGCUCUAGCAGUCCGCCACCAAGGUCAUGAAAUCGUCCACGACUGGUCCUCCUCCUCCUCCUCCAACGACAACGACAAUGCCCAACAAACUGCCCCUAGCAUCCACUGGGCAGCCUUCUACUCCGACUGCGAACACGAAGUCCUCCCCGUCACAUCCGGCCACCGCCUCACCCUAACCUACAAUCUCUUCCUCGCACCCGGCACAGGCCUCUUAGCCUUCGGCCGCAUUUCUCCACCUCAACUCCUCGACCCAAAAUCUCUCCCUUUGACAAAACAUUUGAAUUCUCUACUCGGAGUCCCAACAUUCUUGCCCACAGGCGGCUUCCUCGGAAUCCAUCUCAUCCACGCCUAUCCCCACACCCACAAAGACCUCCACGCUUUUGUCCCGAAUAUGUUGAAAGGUGCUGAUAUGGCAAUCUACGAAUCUGUCACAGCAUGUAAUCUCCACGCUCGUCUCGGUCCUCUUCGACUCCUCGACGGUCUUGUUGAACCGGAUCUUCUCCGCGAACUCGAAGCUACAAAAUACCAUAACAACAACAGUGAUAACAACAAGAAAAACAAAAAAUAUCGCAUCGAAGCACAUUUCUCCGAACUCCAACUCGCAAAUGAUGAAGGAUACGAAAUGGAAGAAGGUCGCGAAUUGGAUGAAGUCCCGACGGAUUCUUCGGGUAGUGAAGGGGAUCCUCUUGAAGAGGAGUAUGGAUCACUGAGUGGGAAGCAUUUGGAGCAUCGGGAGGCGAAGAGGUGGAAUCGGAUGGUUGUUUGGGUUAAUGGGAAUUUGGAGUGGAAUGAUGGUGGUGAUGGUAGUGGUGGAGGAGGAGGGGUUAAUAGGGAGGUUGGGAGGGUUUAUAUGGCUUAUGGAAAUCAGGCGGAGUUGGGAAUUAAGUAUAGUAGUGUGGCGAUGGUUGUGAGGGUGCCGAGUUGGGAGGAGAGGGUGAAGAAGGGGUUUGGAGAGGUUGAGGAGAAGAUGGAGGAGGAUGUUAUUGUGCUUGAUGAGUGA